CAGCCCAGUUCCUGUUGCCAAAUGUCUCUUCCGUUUGAGUCUGAGCUUACUUGUUGUGUAACUUGAAUCGGGUGCACUACAGCUCUGCUGGGACAUUUGCCAAGUUAAGCUUACAUUGCUACCUUUUUAAACCCGUGUUUCUUUAUUUCGCUCCGUCUUUGUCGCCGGUACAGCGUCAUAUCCGUUGCUAGGGGCGGUGGCUGGUUCGGUUCUGAGAGGAGGCUAACGGGCUAGUUAGCAGCGCUGCUACAGGAUGGCGGAGGUUCCACCAGGGACAUCAAGUGAAACCAUCACAGAGACUGUCCAGACCAGCCCCCCGACGCAGCAGCAGCAGGAGGGACGGAGCCUGACAAUCAAGCUGAGGAAGAGGAAGACGGAGAAGAAAGUAGAGUGGUCCAGUGACACAGUGGACAACGAGCAUCUGGGCAGACGGUCCUCAAAGUGCUGCUGUAUUUAUGAGAAACCCCGACAGUUUGGAGAGUCUUCCUCCGAGAGUGAGGGCGACGAGGACGACGACGAAGGCUGCGGCAGCGCCAACUGCAUCCUGGGCCACGGCCGGCGAGGCCAUGGACAGAGAGGGGAGGGCCAAGGCACGGGCCCCCCAAACUCCAGGGGCUCCCCCACCCACUAAUGAUCAACUCGGCUCGGUGGGCACAGGCGUGAUUGGAAUUCUUCAUCAUUUCAUGGACCCGCAGUCCUCUUUGAGUUCAGCCCCUCUGGGGUAGCCGCAGAUGAGCCCGGCCCCAAACGCUUCUGCUAUUUUUCCAGAUCGUUAGACCCAGAACCACCUCUUUUGGCUCCUCCAUCCGAAGGAACCACUUCUCUCCUAUCCCAGAACCGCAUGUUUUCACUCUUCUGCAGUAAAUCUCACACCGCAAAAAACCCUGCCACUGCUUAACAAGUACAGAGUUUUUUUUCCCCGCCAUCCCAAAUUCUUCAACACUUUUUUUUUUUUUAUUCUUGUUGGAUAAACCUGUGAGAGGUGGUGAAACUGUAUUGCAGGUUAUCGCUGGAUGGUCUCGUCUAAAUGCUGCAGUUGCUUCAGUCGCUGCUGGUUUGUUGUUCUCCGACAUGAAACCUGAACAAUACCAUCUCUUCCAGCCUGGUAAGCCUCAAGCCCUUUUCCCCUUCAGAGGUUGAAAGGUCACCAGGGGUCAUCGAGCUGCUCUCCUCCCACGAGGCUGCAGGAUCAGUCAACUUCAAGAAUGACUUUUUGUUCUCACCUGUCACAGGUGAUGCUUUGUUUUUAUCUAGUUUGAAAACCAGGCUGAAGUGCGUUUUAAGAUGUAUCAUUUCCUUUAAGCCUGCACAAUGCAGCGACAACACAGCUGGGAGGUUUUCAGUCCAUCACCCAAGCCCAGAGAACACGCAUCCCGACCCCCCCCACUCACUCCUCCACAUGUUCACAUGUGGAUCCUGCCCACAUACUAACUGCAGGUUAGGUCACCAUAUCCGGAAGCUUCCUCACCGUCAUGUUUUUUGGGAGACUGGACCUCGCAGCUGUACUAGAAUGAUGCACUCAUGUUUGCUGGUGUCAUGAGUGCAUCAAAAGUGAUGUUUUUGUUUGUAUUGCCAUUCAGUUGUGAAAUAAAUGUUAUUUUUAAGUGAA